CUCGGGCAGCGCGAGCGGCGGCGGCGGCGCGGGAGCGGCGGAGCGGGAGGAGAUGUCGGGGAGCCAGCCACAGGUGGGAAGAGGCGUGCCUUGUUUGCGCUGCAGAGGGCUGUGCACGGGCUUCGAGCCACACUCCUGGAGGAAGAUCUGCAAGUCGUGCAAGUGCAGCCAGGAGGAGCACGGGCUGAGCUCGGAGCUGGACGAUGACCACAAGAUCGGCCGCCUGCUCUCGGGCUCCAAGUACGCCACGCUCACGGCGCGGCUCAAGGGCGGCGACGGCGCCCGCAUCUACAAGAGGAACCGCAUGAUCGUCACCAACCCCAACAUCUCGGGCAAGGACCCCACCUUCGACACCAUCACCUACGAGUGGGCUCCCCCCGGGCUCACCCAGAAGCUGGCCAUGCAGUACAUGGAGCUGGUCCCCAAGGAGCUGCAGCCCGUGGCGGGCACGGAGGGCGCGGGCCACCGGCGGCGGCGGCUGGCGCGGCAGCUCCCGCUGCACGACCAGGACCCGGCCCAGUGCCGCGGCCUCGCCGAGGGCGAGCAGCAGCUCAUGCACGACUUCGUGAAGAGAUACAAGGCCGAGGCCCUGGGAGUUGGGGAGGUGGCGCUGCCGGGCCAGGGCGGCGGCGGGAAGGAGGAGGAGAAGCCCCAGGAGAAGAGCAUCGACCCCGGCAGAGCCCCCGAGUCACCCAACGGGGCUCUGGAGAGCACGGCCGGGCACUACCGCUGCGAGUCGUGCCAGCAGCCGGUGCCCGGGGACUGCCCCGUGGUGUACGCCGACCGCGCCGGCUACUCCCGCCUGUGGCACCCCGCCUGCUUCGUGUGCUGCCGCUGCCAGGAGCCCCUCGUCGACCUCAUCUACUUCUGGAAGAGCGGGGCCGCCUGGUGUGGGCGCCACUACUGCGAGAGCCUCCGGCCCCGCUGCGCCGGCUGCGACGAGAUCAUCUUCUCAGAGGACUACCAGCAGGUGGAAGGGCUGGCCUGGCACAACAAGCACUUUGCCUGCCUGGAGUGCGAGACGCUGCUGACGGGCAAAGCCUUCGCCCUGGCCAACGCCAGCCUGCUGUGCACCACCUGCAGCCAGAGCAGGGUCUGAGCAGGGGCAGCCGAGCCCCACGGGCUCCCCGAGCCCCCACCAGGACUGGGGGCAUUUGGAAAUACAGCACAAGGGGAAGGUUACA